AUGGCCAUGACUAGCGCAAGGAAUCAAUCCCCUAUUUCCAAUCAUCAAAUCCUUCGUCAAGCCUCUUCGACAUCUCUAGCGGACCUUCUCGAUGUUCAGCGACGCCGCGACAACAGAAGGAGUUGCGAGACCCAGCUUGAAACCAGUCUCUCUGACCGCGAUCAUCCCUUCCAUCUAGGCUUUGGAUCCACAGGAACCCCAGCAUUUGGAUCCAGCAAUACUGCCACUGGAACCAGUGGUGGUGGCAUGUUUGGUAGUAACACAGCCAGUAGCUUUGGCACCGGCGCCGGCGCCGGCGCUAGCGGAGGAUUUGGUGCCAGCAACAACCAAUCUGGUUCCCUUUUUGGACAGGCCCAGAAUCGUCCUGCCAGCUUCGGAGGUGCCAAUACAACAGGCAGUGCAGGUGCCUUCGGAACCAACACAACUACCGGCGGAUUCGGCUCUGCUGGCAGUGCAUUCGGUGGUGGAGGUAGCGGGUUUGGCAAUAACAACAAUAACACUCCCAAUGCCAACUCCAACAGUGGAAGCCUUUUCGGCAAGCCUGCCAGUACGGGUUUCGGCACCGGCGGCUUCGCGGCUGCUCCUUUCGGCGGCGGAGCAAGCACUAAUACGGCUAUUGGCACAGGCUCAGGCUUUGGUAGUGUCGGUGGUGGUGUUGGUGCCGAAAGUAUGCCUCCGCACUGUGAUGGUACCGGUGGAACGCCAUUUAGUGCUUUUGUUGAAAAGGACACCAAUACCAAUGCGACCAACCACUAUCAGAGUGUCAGCUUUAUGCAACCAUACAGCAAGUUCUCGUUCGAAGAGCUAAGACUGGCUGAUUAUCAACAAGGCCGUCGCUUCGGUAAUGCAAGCGGUCAAGCUGGUGCUUUUGGUAACUCUGCCUUUGGUACACCUGCUGCUGGUGGCUUCGGAAGUCAGCAAAACACUGGUUUUGGAGGAAGCACUACUCCCUUCGGUGGGGGUGCCGCAACUACCGGUGCACCCUCUGCAUUUGGACAAACACCUACCGCCGGUGGAUUUGGCUCCAACAACACCAACCCAUUGUUUGGCGGAGCUAAACCUACCGGUUCGUUGUUCGGAAAUACAGGAACCACAACAGCGGCCCAGCCCUCUGCCUUCGGCACAGCAGGCGCACCCUCAACAGGAUUCGGCAAUAGCACUGGAACUGGAGGUUUCGGAAAUUCUCCUUCCAUGUUCGGCGGUCAAAACCAGCAGCAAAACAAGCCUUCUGGUUUCGGUACUUCGACAGCCCCUAGCACUGGUGGCUUUGGUAGCGGUGGAUUCGGCGCCACUCAGCCAACCACGUCUGCCAAUCCAUUUGGUAGUACCACUGCUACAGCCUCACCCUUCGGCGCUCAGCCUGCGACUGGAACAAACACCUUGGGUGGCUUUGGAGCUCAGAAUCCAACACAACAGAACAAGUCACUGUUUGGCAACACCGGCAGCACAUUCGGGGCAAACAACACCCAGCAGCAACCUGCGACCGGAGGCUUAUUCGGUAACAAUGCCGCUGGCGGGAAUACUGGAGGUCUGUUCGGUCAACCCAAUCAGCAGCAGCAGCCUCAACAGCAGCCUCAGCAAGCUGGCGGGGGGCUUUUUAAUCAAUCGGCUGGCGCUGGCGGGGGGCUCUUUGGUACCGCUCAGAACGCGCCUCAGCAGAAGCCUGCUGGUGGUCUUUUCGGCACAUCUACUAGCACUACUGGCGGUGCGUUUGGCGGUGGUGGAUUUGGCGCCAGUCAACCACAGCCUUCCGGUGGCCUUUUGGGCAAUACUCAAAACCAGCCCGCAAAGCCCAGCCUCUUUGGUACAUCCGGGGGCACUGGUCUGUUCGGCGGUGGUCAAAACACCGGGGCUCAAAACACUGGUGGCAGCCUCUUUGGGACCCAAAGCCAGCAGCAGCAGCAGCCAGCUGGCAAUAGUUUGUUCGGCACCUCGCAACCCACGCAGCCUCAGCAGCCUCAGCAACCCGCUCCUGGUAGCUUCACUUCAUCCCUGCUUGAGGGCAACCCCUACGGUAGCCAAUCUAUCUUUUCGGGUCUCCCAACUCCCAGUGCGCCGUCUCCUGGUCCUGUCGCCAGACCACUCUCUUCUACCCAGGAGCAAAGGGCCCGGGGUGUGACUUACAACCUGAAUCCCAGCGCCUCAUUGCGUAAUUUCAAAACCAUGCCAAGAAGCCAGGGAUAUAGGUUUCCCUCUUCUCCCUCCAGCGCAUCCAGCACUCCUGGCCUUCGCAGCAGCAUGUCGGUUUCGGGAUCUGGGCUUACCAGCGGCUCUCUUCAUGGAAGCUUCAAUGGCAGCUUCAGUGGUAGCUUCAACCGCAACUCCCUCGUCCAUAGUGCGUCCACCAACAACAUGCGAGGACUUGUCUCUCGGCAGCCAAACAGCGUUUUGGAGCGUGAUGCUAUGCAAAGUAGUGGUGGUCAUCGUGGAAGCAGUCUUAGAAAUCGUCUCGUGGUCAAUCAUGAGCUGCGGAAUAGCUUCCAGAAGGAUCUCUUUUCUCCUCAAUCCAGCUCAUCACCCGCUACUAUCACAAAUGGCGAGGAUAUUUCCUUGCCCGCUGACAAGCUGAAGAAGAAGGUCAGCUUCGACUCCCCGGGCGCUGGUGGUGAGCUUGUCGUGACUGAGAAGCCUGACCUCGGACCCACUGCCGAAGAACUCGGGUUCCUCCGUUCUACUCGCAAGAGUGGGAACCUUAGCGGUAUAGAUCCCAUUGAACGUCCCGAAAUGGAAUCUGUAACUCGUGAUCUGGCUGUUGUUCCAGAAAAUAGCGAGCCUGUCCCCGUCGCUGUCAAGCACCUUACCGUUCCCACGGCUGACCCCAAGCCGGGUGAGUACUGGAUGAAACCCUCUGCAUCUCAGCUUCAAAAGAUGAGCCGCGAUCAAUUGAAGCGUGUUGUCGACUUUACCGUCGGUCGCCAAAACUGUGGACAAGUCACUUUCAAUGGUGCCGUCGAUCUGACUACUGUUGACAUGGAAAAAAUCUUUGGAGACAUUGUAGACAUCGGUCUGCGCAAGAUCACCGUCUACCCUGAAGAGUCAAACAAGCCUGCUAUGGGUAAGGGUUUGAACGUGCCUUCAACUCUGCGUAUCGAGAACUCCUGGCCGCGCAGCCGUGAUAAGAAAAGGCCAACACCUAUCAUCAACGGCCCAUUCUUUGACAAGCACAUUGACCGUUUGCAGAAGGUGACCGAUACCAAAUUCAUCGAUUAUGAACUUGAAACUGGUACCUGGGUGUUCACUGUGCCUCACUUUACUACAUACGGACUUGACUAUGACGAGGACGAAGAAGGUGAGAGUCUUGACCAGAGCACUAUGAGUGCAGGCCCUGAUAACCUUACUCCCAAGGCCGACCACCCCAUCAGCUUUGAGCAAUCUGCCACCUUUUCUAUCGACGAGUCGUUCGUUGGAUCUAUGGCUGGGAUGGAUGAUGAUACUUUCGAUUUUAAGAAACAUAAGCUGGUCCCUGGCUCUUUCGGAAAUCAAGCCAUGGGUAUGGAACAUCGAGAGAUGGAUUCGGAGGGCGAAGACGAGUCUUUUUUAGAGGAAGGCUCCGCGGGUUCGACUACUGAGCAUGACGACGACGUCACCGAGAGCCAGCUAUCUGGCGACUCGAUAGUUGGAUCAGAUGAGGAAGGGGAUAUGGACAUGGCGGGUUCUUUUCCCAGUCUUCAUCGCACCGUGGAGCAGGACGAUGACCAGAGCAGUGUUCUGGAAACCACCCAGCCUAUCUUUAAGCCCUUUGGCACACCACCCAAGCCUCGUCUGAAUCUCAGUGGCGACUGGACGGAACAGCUUCAGCGAACGAUCAGCCCCCGCAAGCAAAACCGUGAUGCUUUGCGAGAGAUCCAAGCAAGUGCGUUCACUGACCGACACCUCUUCAAUGAGGAAUCAUCAACCGAAUCAACAGCGUCUCCUAAGAAGGGGUUCACCAACAGCAUCGACUUGAUGAACUCCCUGUUUCAGCAGCAGCCUAAGAAGCAAAACGCAGCUCCUCAGCUGAAAGCUUCGGCAUCGCAGCCUAAGGGCUUUGAGUGGCCUUACAACAAGCAACCCAAAACAUUCGCCGAUAACACCAGUCAGAUGGAUGAAACAGACUCUGCUUUCCAUGAGUCUUUCAAACCACGCUGGGGUCCUAUGGACAGCAUUAUUUGUGCUAAAAACGACCUGAAUGAGCCUCUUUCUGAGACAAGUAAUCAGUGGAGGGAACGAUACUCUGUCUUCAGUGAGGCGAGGGAUGUCACGGUUCUUGGAUACAGUCCACCAGUCGAGUCCACGGAUAUCCUCAAUGUGCAAAAGCAGCAGUCCACCAUUCAACGCGUUGACGGCAUACCUUUGGUCCGUCUGGCCAAGAUUGACCUUCGGCAGUUUGCCUUCCAGCCUGCAGGAGAGGAAGAGCGAUUGAUCUGGCAGCUGGCCAACAUUUUGUUCAAUGAUGACAUUGAGGAUGACAUUUCAGCAGGUGUCCCCCCACAGUUGCGAAUGAAAUUCUCCCAUCGAAUCAAGAAAGAUCGAUUGACCCGGCUGUGGAAGGGCAUUAUUCGUGACCGACACGCCCAUGAUCUGGAUCAUAUUCGCUCACCCGAAGAGCGUGCUGUCCACCUUCUCUGUUCUAACCGAGUCGAAGAGGCUUGCAAAACCUUGAUUGAUGGCCAAAACUACCACUUGGCCACAGUGGUUGCACAAAUUGGCAGGGAUGCCACGUCAAGGGCCGACAUGGCUGAUCAAAUUGAGGUCUGGCGCCAAAACAAUGUCCUCUCUGAGAUGACUGAGCCAGUUCGAGCUCUCUAUGAAUUGGUUUCCGGCAAUUCCCUCCGCAGUGAAGGUAAAUCAGGCGGUGCACUGGAAGACCGAGCCUCAAGCUUUGUGUUCACUGAACGCUUCGAGCUGGACUGGUUGCAAGCCUUUGGUCUCCGAUUGUGGUAUGGCAUCACCGAAGAUGAGCCCAUCGAAGCCGCUGUUUCCAAGUUCCUUGAUGAUUUGACAAGCGGCCUCGAACCUGCUUUCCCCCAUCCCGCGCAGAGUGCCAAUGCUCAGACUUCCGUGCAGCCUGGCUCAGACACACUUGGUCGUGAGUCUCCUUUAUGGGUUCUCCUCAAGGCAUACUCGGCCUCUAGCGGAAACACCAAGGUUUCUGCCACUGAGCUCCCUGCGGCUUUGCUACCCCAGUCUGUUUCUGGCAACCUGUUGGCUAAUCGCCUGUCUUUCCAACUGUAUCACGUCCUCACCACUGUCAUGGGACAAAACAACGCGGUCAAGAUCAACCAAGUUCAAGCUGACCAUCUAGUUUGGGACUAUGCUUCCGAGCUGAUUUCCGGCGGACAGCUUUCUCCUGCUCUCUUUGUUCUUCUUCACCUCUCGCGACCAGAUGAUCGCAAGCGUGCUGUACAAGAAACUCUUGCCCGAUUUGGUGCAAACCUCCCCAACCCCACGUCUCAGGAUAGCCUAGCUACUGACCCCGUUUGGCUGCAUUUCACUGUUGACCUUCAGAUUCCCGAUGCCUGGAUUUGGGUUGCUAAGGCCCUUGAUGCCCGUGAUCGCGGCGAUGCCAUUCGUGAAGUUGACUGCCUAAUUCACGGGAAGCACUGGAACGAUGCCCAUGCUACCUUCUGCCGUGUAGUCGGGCCUACUACUAUCAUUUCGCGCGAUUACCAAACUCUCGAGAAGCUCGUCAACGGUUUCGGCGAUGGCCCUGAACGCAAGAUGCGCGGCUGGGCCUCUGGUGGUGGUAUCUAUGAGGACUUCCUGCGCCUGGUCACUGCCCCCCGCGGCAGACGUGACCCGACUCGUCUUACUCGCCUUGUCAAUGCUCUGGUCGCCGAGGGUGACCGCGUUCGUGAUGGUUCCGGUAUGAAUGGCCUGGAAGAGCGUGUUGCUUUCAAGGAGAUGAGCCGUGCCGUGGCCGGAUGGAUAACCCAUGAAGAUGUUCGGUCUGUCGAGUCCUCUGCAGUUCUUGGUCUUCCCCUGACUGGCGAUGCUCGCGUCCUGCAGACCGUGGAGAUGAGCCGACGUUACUACGGCGUUGUCAUGGCUGGUGGUUUCUAA